CUCGGGGCACUCUAGCAUUCUCAUGCUUCAUCGCAAAGAUCAAAUCCAGCCAGGAAUCUGACACCACCAGCUCUCUGAUGUCAUCUGCAGGAACCCUAGCUCCACCCUGAGAAGGGAGGUCUACCAAAAGAGAUUAUAAAAGGUGUAGUGGGAGGGAAGGAGCACUCUGCAGGGGUAAGAGGAGUGCAGACAGCUCUGACAGGCUGACCAGAAUGGAGGGCAAAAUAUACAAGGACUAUGAAAAAGAAUUCAGUCCCCGAGACUACCUGGACACCUUCUACAACUUCCACUCGGGCCCGGUGGCAGAGCGGGAAAUCGUGAAGUUCAGCCUGCAGAACCUUUACCAGACCUUCUCUGCGGGAGGUUUAAGGGGCGACGUCCUGAUUGACGUCGGCUCUGGCCCCACCAUCUACCAGCUGCUUGCAGCAUGCGAGGCCUUCCGGGAGAUCAUCGUCACUGACUACACUCCGCAGAACCUGCAGGAGCUGCAGAAAUGGCUGAAGAAGGAGCCAGGGGCCUAUGACUGGUCCUCCAUAGUGCAGCAUGCGUGUGAGCUGGAGGGGGACAGAAGCAAGUGGCAGGAGAAGGAGGCCAAGCUCCGAAGGACAGUCACUCGUGUACUGAGGUGUGAUGUGACCAAGACACCCCCACUGGGGUCAGCUCAAGUGCCGCUGGCUGACUGUGUGCUGACCUUUCUGGCCAUGGAGUGCGCCUGUCUUGACGUGGAUACCUACCGGGCAGCCCUGCGCCGACUGGCUGACCUGCUGAAGCCAGGGGGCCACCUGGUUACCAUGGUUACUCUGGGGUUCCAGAGCUACAUGGUAGGCCCCAAGAAGUUCCCUGGGGUUUACCUGGAGAGGGAGACGGUCGAGAAGGCUGUUCAAGAUGCAGGUUGCCAGGUGCUGAAAUGCAACUGCACCCCCCUCAAAUACUCAGAGGCCUUAUGUGAGGGUCUCUGCUUUGUAGUUGCCCGCAAGAGCCCCAGUGCCUGAGGCCACUGGCAGAGAAGAGCCUUCCCUGGGGAAGUUAGAGCUGGCAUUCAUACAGUGUUGCUCCAUGCCUUCCUAACACUGAUCACGCCGCUUCUAUCUAUUACCUGGUCACAAGGUCACAAGGAAAAAACCCAAGGGUCUCUAUUUUCAGCCCCAACAUCCUUUCCCCUUGUUCCUUUUCUUCCAAGUAAAGCUCAUUAAAAUAAA